UCCAAGAGUCGUUGUCCUUAUUGGGGCCAUUUUAGUGCUUAAAAAGAUCAAUGCUUUGUAGUUCUUCAACUAGAUUUCUCUCUCUAAGAAGUGUUGGCUUAGCUUCGUUUCUUGUUUCAAAGCAAUCAUCUUUCAAUUCAAAGCAAACCCUUCUGCAAUCUUUUCAUAAUUCAACUGUUCCUUUGGUUUCUCGCUCCAUUAAUAGAACAGGGAAUUCAAGGUCUGUGUUUUCUUCUUUAAGACUUGAUCAUACGAUGGCUGCACCAUCUGAACCUAAAUCAGUCCAUGACUUCACUGUUAAGGACGCUAGGGGAAAUGAUGUUGAUCUCAGCAUUUACAAGGGGAAGGCUCUCUUGAUAGUUAAUGUGGCUUCGCAAUGUGGCUUGACUAAUUCAAACUACACUGAGCUGACUCAGUUAUACCAGAAAUACAAGGAUCAAGGCUUGGAGAUUCUGGCUUUUCCAUGCAACCAAUUUGGAUCUCAGGAGCCAGGCACCAAUGAACAGAUCAUGGAGUUUGCUUGUACUCGUUUUAAGGCUGAGUAUCCAAUUUUUGAUAAGGUUGAUGUGAAUGGAAACAAUGCUGCUCCUAUCUACAAGUUUUUGAAGUCUAGUAAAGGUGGACUUUUUGGGGACGGCAUUAAGUGGAACUUUUCCAAGUUCCUGGUUGAUAAAGAUGGCAAUGUUGUCGAUCGUUAUGCCCCAACUACUUCCCCUCUUAGCAUCGAGAAAGAUGUUAAGAAACUGCUGGGGGUUGCGUGAGUAGCGGAAGGCAGGCUUAAUCAAAUAGUGGAGAAUAAGUGAAGAUAUCACAACGAAUAAGCACUGUGAAGAAGGGAUGUAGUUUUAUAGUCUGUUUCCCUGAUAGAAAAUGUGUAUUUCAACUCCAUGAUCAGACUUAUUUUCUGAUUGUUUAAAUACUCUAGUAGAAUUCCAAAUGCUUGAUGUUUCUAUAUAAAAGAUCUAGCAGCAUUUCCUUUUU